CCUGGUCGCCUUUCGCUUAACUUAUUGUUGCUUAUCACUUGCGCCACAAACGGGCCUUGGCGCUCUGCUCCUGAACGAUAAACCUCGAAAUCCAACUAAAGUAUGCACACCCUAAAUUCCAGAGACGCGCGCACUGGCGCUAAAGUCAGAUCUUUAGGUUAUUCACUAAACAUACGAACUACAAAGGCAAGCAGAGGGAAUGUGCGGUUCGUCGUCCCACCGCUUGCUGCUGCUGCAAGCAUACCGCCCGGCGCGACGACUAGGUCUCCGCCUGCCGCCGUCCUCCAACACCGCUCCCCGCAACACCUUGCACCAUCCCAAUCACGAACAACGACGCCGUUAAAACCAACAAGUGUGGGAUCUGCAAUCCCCAGCACCCACCGUCCAUCAGCAAGACUAUCACCACCACCAGCAACAACGGAAGCAGCAGCAGCAGCCACCGCAAGCCCAGCUCCCCCUCCCCCUCCUCCUCCCACCACCACCACAUGCUCCACCACCGGUACCGUUACCGCUGCCGCUCUCCUCCCCCGCCGAGCCCUGCUGCUGGCUCUGCUCCCCGGCUACUGCAUUGCCACCUCGACAACACCAGCGGCAGCAGCAGCAGUUAAUGUGGAGUCGGCAGCGGAACAAGCCUCCCUCCUUGCAGGAGCCCCCCAGUGGCCGCCCCUCCCGCGACCCGCCAUAGACCCCAGCCUGGCCCCCGACCAGUCCAAGUAUGACCCACAGGACCCCGAGCUGCGUGAGGCGGCCUCCCUGCUCCGCAGUGCGCUGUCCGCCCCCUCGCUGGCUGCGGAGGAGGCCGGCUGGAGCCGCAUCAUUGACACGUACGGCGGGCUGGACCGGCCCUGGGUGCCGGACCUGGUGGGUCGCGCCUGGGGCAACCGCGGCAACGCCCGCAGCCGGCAGGGUCGGCUGUCGGAGGCGCUGCAGGACUACAACACCGCACUGCAGCUGUGCCCCUGGGCAGUGGACCCGCUGCUGAACAGGGGUGUCGUACUGGAGGCGCUGGGUCGCUUCCCCGAGGCGGCUGCGGACUACCACGAGGUGCUGCGGGUGGCGCCGGACGACCCGGCGGGAUGGAACAACCUGGGCAAUGCGUCGGGCGGCAUGGGCGACUGGCAGGCCGCCGUACAGUACUACAGCCGUGCCGUACAGCUGGCCCCCAACUUUGCGUUUGCGGCCGCCAACCGCGCCGUCGCGCUGUUCCAAGUUGGGCGGCAGGAGGAGGCGCUGCGUGAGAUGCGCUCGCUGCUGCGGCGCUACCCGGACUUCUCCGACAUGCGGGCGGCGCUGGCGGGGGCGCUGUGGGCGGCGGGGCGGGAGGGCGAGGCGGAGAGCCAGUGGGCCCGUGUGGAUGACCCGCGCUACCGCGACCCCGCCUGGCUGCACGGCAGCAGGCGCUGGCCGCCCGCGCUGUGCGAGUCGCUAGGAGCGCUGCUGCGGCUACAGUCGCUGCCGGCUCCUUCCGGUGAAUGAACUCAAUGAAGCGACUGGGGCGGCUGGGGCGGGGGCGGGGGCGGGGGCUAGCUGAGGGAAGGGAGGGGAAGGGAACUCGGUAUCGUUACCGAAUCGGGUGCGAACACGAAAAUGGUCAAGGCAUAGGCAAAAAGAAAGGAAGGGAGAAGGGAAGAAGGGGAGAAGGGAAGACGUGGAGAAGGCUGAGGGAGGCUGAGGUUGCUGUGUUGCAAAAGUUUGGAUAAGUGAGGGAAUGGGUUGCUAGGGAAUACGGUUGGCGGCAGUUUGCGAUAACAUGACAAGGCGUUUGCAUGGCAUGACGGGAAUGCUCGGAUUACCAGGCUGUGGAGAUGUAUGUACCCACACUACCCAACAGCAGGACCCAUCUCGUUUCGGCAUGCUGGCAAAUGAGGCAGUGCGGGGACUAUGCGACGAGCCACCUUGGCCAUCCAAGAGCACCUAGCAGCUAGCGGAGGUGCCGGCAGCAAAGGGGUGAUAGGGCCUCCCUGCCCUUAGGCUUCCUACAGCGUCGCUGGCGUCCCUGUACGAGCAUGUAAAGAAGGAAUCCUGACG